AUGCCUUCUACCGUGGCUCGACGGCUGUUUGAGGACCAAAUACCCUCCUUCAUGUCUGUCUAUGACGUGGAUAGCGGAAUGACGGAUAUGGACCAGCCGAAUUCUGUCACGAUUAUUGACCCCAAGCUGGUCAUCGAGAACACGAAGCUGCCUGGGAAUUCACAGCCGGGCCUAAGGCCCAGUGCCUUGGCCUCGGAAAACGCCCACAGACACCACGAAAGCACGUUAACGCGGGCGGAGUCGGCUGAGUCGUCUCCCACAACAACCCUCUCCUGUACAGAUUCGUCAGAUCUUUCGGACCCUUCUCCGUCUUCAUCUCCCGACUCGCCUGUUAAUCUAUCGAACCUUCCGAGUUUCGCGCCGGCGUCUUUCGGGGGGUUGUCCGGCAUGUCCAGCUUAAGGGUCUCAGACCCCAAUCAAGAUCGGCCCAUGACCUCACCAGUACCUAGGAGGCUCAAGAACAUGAAAGGUCUUUCCAUUCAGCCCCCAUCGAGCUCUCUGUCCUCAUCACUGUUGUCGGAGCCUGCUUCGCCCUCCUUCAUCAAGCCCACGAUCGCUCCGAUGAAGCGUAAGCCCAGCCAGCUCAGCCUCAAAACGAACUCCUCAGAUCUCAUAGCGCGUACAACACUCGAGGUUCCUUGUUCGCCCACCGUUGCUCCUAUCCUGCAGCGGCGCGCCUUGAAACACUCGACCUCGACGCCCCUUAUGCUGUCGGGGAUGCAGUCCGCAACGUUUGGUCCUGUUGGCGGCAUGACGCUACCACCAGUACUGCAGCGGAAUGAGUCAGGUCUUUCCUCCUUCUUUCGCCCGCCACGACCAGCUGCCCCUUCUGCUCUGAGCUCGACGAUAACAGAGGAGGAUUCGCCAAUUCGACCUCAGGUUGCGAAUCGCAUCGCCUUCGACACCGAGCCCUAUCACGAGGUUGAGAACAAUGAGGACCAGAAGUCACCCGGUUACCCAGAUGGUCCGAUCGCCAUCUAUGGCGACAACGUCUAUCUCUAUCUUGAGCCAACCGCAGAAGAGGCGGCUCGCUUCGACGUGGUCAUCAACGUGGCUCGCGAAGUCUCUAACCCGUUCAGGGCUGUUGCGAAGGGCGGCUCCCGGGAUGCGAAGGAGCAGGCUGAUGAGGAAUCUCCGAUUCCCGACACUGCGAUGACAACUGCGAGCUAUGCCACUGCUUAUGAGUAUUUUCCGGAAGAUGCCUCGAGCGAUACGCCAACGACCCCUAAGGCCCAGCCUUUGAAGGAGCCCGAAUACAUUCACAUGCCAUGGGAGCACAAUACCGAUAUUGCUCAGGACUUGAUGACGCUUUGCGAGACCAUCGACAAGCGCACAAAGGAAGGAAAGAAGGUGCUGGUACACUGCCAGCAAGGCGCCAGCAGAUCGGCCAGCUUAAUCAUUGCCUAUGGCCUCUACAAAAACCCCGAGUUGAGCGUCAAUGACGCCUAUUAUGCAGCUCAGGCAAAAAGCCGGUGGAUCAGCCCAAACAUGAGAUUGAUGUACUGCCUGCAAGACUUCCAAAAGGAGAUUUCCAAGAGGAGACUCGCGCCCAGCGCGGGGUUGAAGCCACGUUCGGGACGAAGCCCAACGCACAGGGCGACCAUGUCGGCGGACAACAUUGAGGUCCCAGCAAAGGAGCCUCUCACCGCCCCGUUGCCGUCCGACGGCCAGUGUUCGAAGCGCGCGAGCACCGAAAGGAGUCCGAAUCGGGCGCGGGGAAACUCGACUCCCGACCGGGGUGAGCCGAUCUCACCGGGUCCCUCAUCUGCGCCUUCGAGUUUCUCGUGGUCGGAAAAGGAGGACGAGUCCGAUCCGGGAAAAUUCGGCCGGUUCAACCUCGAUUCUAUCCUCGCUCAUAAACAAGCCGACAAGCAGCCUGCUUCGUUGAUUACGCACACUAAGCCGCCCGCGUCGCCGGGGCUUGCUCCUGCUUUGACAUUGUCGAACGCCCCUCGAUCGCCGAAGCUUGCCCCUCCCCCGAUAUCGAGGCCGCCCCCCUCUCCCCAGUUCGCCCCGCUGAACCUAUCGAGACCGCCCCCGUCUCCCGGGUUUACUCCGUUGGACCUAUCCCGCCCGCCAAUAUCCCCCGGAUUCCCGCCUCCGAAUCCAUUGUCGAAACCACCUCCAUCUCCCGGAUUUGGUGCACACAGGUUUGGUUCCAAAACCGGUGGCCUGGGAUUUGGGUCUCUGAAUCUCGGUCCCCCAUCAGAACCGGCGGUUCAGAAAGAGCAGGUUCCAGAGCGGCAUGUUGCGGUUGUUCCGAGCUUACCCGACGACGCGACUCUCUUGUCGCCCCGCGCGGAGACCAUGACCAGCAAUCCGAUCCAUCAAUCGUUGACGGAGCUCACGGGGAUGCAAUUCGUCGAGAUUCCGCCAACGCCAAGCGAAGGGUUGUUUUCGCCGAGGGAAACCAUGUUUCCACGCGAUCCUUUCUUCCCGUUUGCCAGGCCCCCUCAACUGGCGGAUCCGCGCAGUCCUCCGACCAAGGGUGAAACACCGAUUGUACGGUCGAUUGACGACAUGAUAUGA